AUGGGGAAGAUUGACGGCUAUUCCAUGAUGAUCAUUUCUCAACAAUUUCAUAGUAUCUAUGACUUUAUCAAUAUCGAGUUUGUAUGCAGAAAGUAUGCCAACAAUAUAGCAAAGUUCCCUUACAACCCCAUUUCUUUUACAUCAAAAACAAGACGAUUUUUUCCAAAUUUAAACACUCUUCAUUUGUAUAUAAAAGACGAUUUACUGUUCACUGAUAUGGACAUCACCUCGCACCACGUUGAAUACAAAACCAAAUUGAAAUAUUCCGACUUUGAAGAGAAUACCAUCUCUAAUAUUUUAGACAGAGCAUUCCCAACAACAUAUCGCAAAAUAUGUUACAGUAGAUAUAAUCAUGAUGAUAUUAUGACUAUUCCCUAUGGUAGUUGUGCACUGCAAAGACAAUUAACAUCCCACAAAGUGUAUUGGAGAUUGGAAGGUCGACGUUUGAAUGUUGUAAUUAAGUGGAACAUUUGUACCGCUAUUCACACCUUAUUGAACUGGAACAUCAUGUUUAAUAACGGCAUUUCGUUUUUAAUUGGUUCGAAUACAACAUUGAAAGGAGUUUCACAGUUUUUUAAUGUACCAAUUUCACUUUCCGAAGGAUCAUCAGUAGAAAUAAAUAACAAUUUUGCAAUGAAAGAUAUUACGUUUGGUGUGGGUACAAUAACAGUGACUGGAAAUCUGAGAAUAUCAAAUAACAUGAAAAUAGAUAAUGGAGGGGUUUUAAAUGUCAAUGGAAAUGGAAUACUUGAAAAUAAUGCAAUUUUUGAAUGUGAAAAUUGUUUAAUAAAAUGUGCGACUUUUUAUAUGAAAAAGAACACAACUUUUACAUCAAACAAAAAGAGUGUGGUACAAGCAAAAACGAUAAUUGCAGAAGAAAAAUCUUUAAUGUCAAUUUUUGUCGACUUCACUGCAAUUUGA